AUGACGAUCACCGCCGCCAAUCGAAGCACCAUUGCUGCUGUGUCCUAUCCGCAGGAGCACAAGCCCGUCACGGCCGGCAAAGCUGUCGAGGAAUUCCGCAACUACAAGAACAGCGAUCGCCAAGCGAUGGUGCAGCGGCACUACCGGCUCAUGCGCGAGAAUCAGACAGUCGAGUUCCACGAGAAGAUGCAAACCUUCUGGGGCAAGUUUGAUCGGGCGCAGAUGACAGUAUGGGAAGCGUUUGAGUCCCUCAAGGGGUACGUGGACUCGUCGGACCCGGACUCGUCCUUGCCGAACUUGGAGCACAUGCUUCAGACAGCAGAAGCGAUUCGCGCGGCAGGACAUCCCGACUGGUUCCAGCUCGUGGGGUUGCUCCAUGAUAUGGGGAAGAUCCAGUACAUGUGGGGUCAACCCGCCGACGGACAGCAAGGCACUGCGGACGGUGACCAGUGGUCUCUCGGCGGCGACACGUGGGUGAUCGGAUGUGCUAUCCCUGACUCGACCGUGUUUCCUGAAUUCAACUCGCUGAACUCGGACAUGCAGAACCCCGCGUACAACACCCCCUUGGGCAUCUACGAACCGAACUGUGGCCUCGCGGACCUCAAGUUCGCCUGGGGCCACGACGAAUACAUGUACCAGAUGCUCGUGUUCAAUGGCGCGUCAAUUCCCGACGAAGGACUCGCCAUGAUUCGAUACCAUUCGUGCUACCCGUGGCACAACAAGAAGGAGUACACGCACCUGAUGGCGCCCGGCGACGACGCGUUGUUGGAAUGGGUGCUCGAGUUCAACAAGUUUGACCUGUACACGAAAGCCGACAAGCGACCCGACGUGGCGGCGCUCUGGCCAUACUACCAAGCGCUCAUCGACAAGUACAUGCCCGGCAAGUUGUGGUGGUAGACGAGUACAGUAGGCCUGACGAUUGAUUCGGAAUGGAACCCGACAUUUAUAUUAACGAACUCCCCAAUCUCUCUCGUA